UGGAGCAAGUGGAUGGAGUGGGUAGGAAGGUGAAGUGUGUGUGGAGAGUGUAGUCAUUCGCGUACAGGUCGUGGAGGAGUGAGGAGAUGAGACUGGACAUGUCCAACUACAAGACAGUGCUGCACAACCCGACACUGAGUUACAUAUUUUUGGGAUAUGUGCUGAGAAGAGGGAGGGCGAGUGAAUUGGUAAAUGGUGUGCUCACUCAGCUAUUCGCACUCCUCGUGGACUGUUUCACCCAUUUCCAGCCUGCACACUUUCCCUACGGACUGCCCGUGCUGGCCUACCAGAUCUACUCACUCUUCCUCCACGAGCACUCCCCCCUCCACAUCCUCCACAGUGAGGGGGUGGCCAGGGCACUCGACGAAGGACACCUCGAAGGCCUGUUCGACACUCCAUUCGAGGACAACCUCCACUCCCUCACUCCCCAGUUGGCCAUGUUCUUCCAGGAGGGUAAUCACCCACUCACCUCAGAUAGUGACACGUGGGACAAGUAUCGGGGCACUGAGUUGACGGAUGUCCAGGGACUGUUGGGCAGGUGGUGUGAGGGGGAGGGCGGAGUGGCCGUGGCCAUGCACACUCUGUUCAUGCUCAAGAAGGUGGGCAGGGUGGGACAGUCAGUGGGACAGUCCAAGGCCCAGUCACUGCGACCCAAACACCCGAAGUACUCGACCCUGUUGAGGAAGGGGCGGAGGACAAGUCACACGAUGGUGGAGGUGGAGGUGAGUAAGGCGGUGUACUGCGGAGUGUGUGGGCGACUGAUAUGGGGGAAUGUGCCGCAGGCGUGGGAGUGUUUGAGUGAGUGUGUGUGUGAGUGUGCAGACUGUGGAGUGUUGGUGGGGCAGAGGUGUGGGGGGCAGAAGUGCAGUUUGGGAGGGCAGUGUGGGAGACGGAAGGGGAGUGGAGUGCGUGUGGAGAGUGACUCCGACUUGGAGUACCCGGGAGAACUGCCCUCGCUGGAGAGUGUGUUGGGGAGUGAGGAGUACAAGGCACUCAACUCGACCUCCCGGAAAGUGGAGAACGUGCUGAACGGUGUGUAGUGUGUAUUAUGUGGAGAGUUGACUCACACGGAACGGUCUCACGUGCGGACUCUAAAAGUGCUGCAUGUCGUGUUCUACCGUCGACUGCAGGAGUGGGACGACCAAGUGGCUCAGUUCAUAUUCGCCGGACUGCCCGAACUAGUCCGACCGCCGCCGCCCAGGAAUUGAGACGAAGGAAUCCAGUGGAGGACACACUCCCCAAACUGGCAGGACUGUCCACUCAUCCUUAGUUCGCCCAGGUUCUCACUCCCAGUCUACAAUUUUGUUGCCACCAGAAAGAGGUGCUGAAUAUGCUGGCCAAACGACUCAUUUCCGACCAACACUUUGCGGCCAUAA